AUGUUCUUCCAGCGGGCAUGUCCAGAACCAGGGUGUUAUCUGCUGCGGGAGAAAAUUAUAUCCGCCUACAAGACGAUUCGUAUAGCGAGUAAGAGUGGCGGCGGUCCUCCCGCAGGUAUUGCGGGUGCUGCUGAUUGUGUUGGUGGCGGAUACCGUGUGGGUCGCAAGAUUGGUAGUGGCAGUUUUGGAGAAAUAUACUCAGGACAAAAUGUCCGGUCAGGCGAAGAAGUAGCGAUAAAGUUAGAGCCGAUAAAGCAUCAUAAUCCUCAUUUGAUGUUUGAGUGUAAGUUGUAUCGUCAUUUACAAGGUGGUAAGGGUAUAGCUGCUAUUCAUUGGUAUGGUACAGAAGGUGAAUUUUCCAUAUUGGUAAUGGAUCUGUUGGGUCCUAGCUUGGAGGAUUUGUUUAAUUAUUGUGGUCGUGAAUUUCGACUUAAGACGACUCUAAUGCUUGCUGAGCAAAUGAUUGAUCGUAUUGAGUUUGUUCAUAAUCGUGGAAUACUACAUCGAGAUAUAAAGCCCCAUAAUUUUCUAAUUGGACGACGCCGGGCUAGGACACAAGAUAUCGUAUUUGUUAUCGACUUCGGUCUCGGAAAGCGAUAUAAGGACACACGCACCGGCUUUCAUAUCCCCUUUCGACAAGGCAAAUCCUUGACUGGAACCGCACGAUAUGUGUCACUCAACACCCAUCUUGGUAUGGAACAAUCACGACGUGAUGAUAUGGAAAGUUUGGGAUAUGUCUUCCUAUACUUCCAUAAAGGGGAACUACCGUGGCAAGGACUUAAGGCCACUAGCAAAAAAGACAAAUAUCAACUCAUACAAGAGAAGAAACACUCAACUCCUUUGGAAACAUUAUGCAAAGGAUGCCCUUCAGAAUUUCUUAUCUACAUGAAAUAUUGUAGAUCACUACGGUUCCUCGAUAGACCUGACUAUUAUUAUGUCAAAAGGCUGUUCAACGGCUUGCUCCUUAACGAAGGCUUCUCAUACGACUGCAAAUUCGACUGGGUCUCAUCACAAAACAAGCGAACAACAACCAACCAGCAACCUCAAGAUAACCAACCACAAGAUAAUCAACCACAAGAAUAA